AUGUCACAGGGUCUCUCGAAGCAGCAGCAGCAGCAGCCCGAACAGCAGGAGGAGAUCCUUCUGGCACCGCGCAGGACCCACCAGUCCUAUCAACCCGUCUUCCUUUCAGCUGAGGCCAUGGACCAGUACAUUUCACCGGAGACGGUCAACCUGAAGAUGCGACUGUUUGCGGGCAGACGAUCUGGCCGAAAGGAAAACCUGGAGGACAGUCGCGACAAGGAGGAGGAGGAGUCCACUCUUAACAGGGUAAGUAUCUCCUUUCCGUCUUACUCUGUCUCCCUGCUUAUCUCCUGUCCUUUCCACGAAGUCUUGUUAUACGCUGAUAGGUAG